CUCUACAAGGACGUCAUGAUGGACAAUCAGCCGCCCCUCACAUCACCGGAUGGAUCCAGUCAUGGGAACCCACCAGAGAGAUGUCCCCGUCCUCUGUAUUCCGGGAUUCCACACAGGAAGGUCACACCAUCCCUCACCAUCAUCAGAGUGGAAACCUGAGAGAUUGUAAAGUUGAGGUUAAAGAAGAGAUAAAAAAGAGGAGGAUGAAGAGGAUGGGGUGAUGGAGUCUCCAAAAGACACCAUGGUGGAGUCAUCCAGCUACAGGAACCCACCAGAGAGAUGUCCCCGUCCUCUGUAUUCCCGGGAUUCCACACAGGAAGGUCACACCAUCCCUCACCAUCAUCAGAGUGGAAUCCUCGGGGAUGAUAAUAUUGAUGUUAAAGAAGAGUAUAAAGAGGAGGAUGAGGAGUAUGGAGUGAUGGAGGAGUUUUCAGAAGGACACAAGGAUAUGAUGGAGCCACCUAAUACCAGGAACCCACCGGAGAGAUGUCCCCAUCCUCUGUAUUCCCGGAAUUCUACACAGGAAGGUCACACCAUCCCUCACCAUUACAAGAGUGGAGAUCCAAUCGAUAUAGAAUUUGAGGUGAAAGCAGAAGAAGAAGAGGCGUAUGUGAGGGGAUGAUCAGCAGUCUAUGGAGGAGGAUGGAAUAACGGGGACAUUUAUAGAGGAGGACACUCCUACAGAGAUCAGCACAGUCCAUGGCCGGGAGAUGAGGAAAACCUCCGAGGAUUGUCUCACUUUGUCUCCAGACUGGAAAGUAGAAGAUGAGGAUAUCACACAGUAUAGUCCAGGAGAAAACCCGGCUCCCUCCAAUGUCCAUCCGGCACCACCCAGUGUAGAUGGACCAUCGGAUUCCUCGUAUCCUGAGGAACCUCAGACUGUGCGGGACCGGGCCGGCCUUCCAAUAGAGAAGAGCUUCUCCUGUACUGAGUUUGGGAAGGGUUUCCAUUCUAAAUCCAAACUUAAUGUGCAUAAAAGAUGUCACACAGGGGAGAAGCCGUAUUCCUGUCCUGAGUGUGAAAAAUGUUUUUCACAAAUGUCCACUCUUCAAACACAUCAGAGGUUUCAUACGGGGGAAAAGCCAUAUUCCUGUCCUGAGUGUGGGAAAUGCUUUGUACUAAAGUCAGAACUUGUCGUACAUCAGAGAUCUCACACAGGUGAAAAGCCAUAUUGCUGUCCUGAGUGCGGGAAAUAUUUUUCAAUGAAAUCCCAGCUUUCCAUACAUCAGAGAUCGCACACGGGGGAGAAGCCAUAUUCCUGUCCUGAGUGUGGGAAAUGUUUUUCACAAAUUUCAGGCUUUACACACAUCAGAGAUUACACACGGGAGAGAAGCCAUAUUCCUGUCCUGAGUGUGGAAAAUGUUUUUCAGACAAGUCCGGUCUUUGCACACAUCAGAGGUCUCACACGGGGGAGAAGCCUUAUUCCUGUCCUGAUUGUGGGAAAUGUUUUUCACAGAAGUCAAAUCUUUACAGACAUCAGAGAUCUCACAUGGGGGAGAAGCCAUAUUCCUGUCCUGAGUGCGGGAAAUGUUUUUCACAGAAGUCUGAUCUUUACAGACAUCAGAGAUCCCACACAGGGGAGAAGCCACUUUCCUGUCCUGAGU